AUGGAAAAGGCCAACUGCGAGACCAAAUGCCGGGAGGAUGAGAAGUGCAACUUCUUCUGGCAUGGAACGCAGCAUUCCGCAAGUGUUUGCCGCACUUUCGCGGCCUGCGACUCCCUGGUCAGGGAAUUCGGGCUCGAUGGCACGCUGUCGGCGAUGCCACGCGAGAAGCACUGCCAGGUUGCAGACGCUGCACUUUGCUGGCAAACUUCGCUGCGCCGGGCGUACAUGGCGAGGCCGCCGGGGAUGCAGAAGGCGAGUGCAGCUGGCAAGGUGGAAGUGGCCCCAGUGCCUCCAAAGCCGGCCGACCCGCCGAGCGCAGGGAUGGUCUCAUGGUUCAAGUCCGAGGACGCGGGCGUUUUGUGGAGAAGCAGCGUCGGCAACUUCGUUGGCUUUGCAGUCAGGGACGGUCCAGUUCGAAGAAGUGCUGCGGGUUUUGGUGCUGACCGGCCCGUGACCUACCUCGAGGGCAGCUAUGCCGAUGAAUUCCAGUUUGGCGCGGUCCUGCCAGACACCUUCACUCUGUGUUCUGUGACGAGGUACACGGACAGCGACCCCGGCAAGCAGUUUCGAAUUCUCCAGGGAAGGAACCACAACUUUUUGCAUGGCCAUCACAAUGGGCGAGUCGGCGUCGCGCACUAUGGCGAAUGGGUUGCAUACAGCGAUAAGAAGCUCCAUGACCUGAACUGGCUGGUCUUCUGUGGCACCAACAAGGCGAAGCUGAUCUUUGAUGGAAGCCGCAAUGUGGCGUGGUCAAGCCGCCUCCCACUGGGAGACCUGAAAGAGACAUUGGUCAUCAACACGGGCAAGUUCCCUUCCUCUCAAUCCAACUUCGGAGUCAUGGAGGUGAUCACCUGGAACCGCGCGUUGUCGGAGGCUGAGAUGAAGCAGGUGACGAAAUAUUUGGAUUGGAAGCUCAAGGCGGGAACCUUUGAGCAGACUGAGACCCUGGGCGACCCCAUGAGGGACUUUUGGCUCUAUUCGUCCAGCCAAGACCACAUCGACGCUGACAAGACGUUCACAUAUAAGGACAAGAUGAUUAACGGCUACACCCUGACGACGAGGGGCUGGGAGCACAUGAGAAGCUACGCGAGGGGCUUCGUCAGGAGCUCACCAGGAUUUGCCUACGCCGUCGUGUCUGGCCUGGAGCCCAAGGCGCGGUACGUGUAUGAGAUCUACUCCUGGGAAAACGGUGACCAUCGAUGCGUAUGGAACAGAGUGUUCAUCAACGGCGGCAACGUUUGGUCGCGCAUGCGACAGCAUUGGUCCCUUCGCCCUGCCGCCUCGGGCGUUGCGGUCGCCACGGACGCGGGGGAGAUUGAGUUCAAGAUGGAGCGGAGGUGCGAUCACCUGCACUUCAGCUCCAUUUCAGUGGCCAAGAUCCUUCACGUCAGCGCCAAGCCGCCGGCGAAGCCCUCCGACCCCCCGAGCAAGGGCAUGGUCUCAUGGUUCCGCAGUGAGGACGCAGGUAGCGUGUGGAAGAGCAGCGUGGGCGACUUCGUGGGCGUCUCGACCAAGAACAGCGUCUGGCGCGCUUCGGCUGCCGGCUUCGGGGCAGAUCGGCCCGUGACCUACAUCCAAGGCUUUCACGAUGAUGCUUUCUCUUUCGGCGCCAUCUUGAAGAGCUCCUUCACCAUGUGCUCGGUGUCAAGGUACACAGGUAGAAACGUGGCCGGAAAGUUUGGGCGCAUCUUGCAAGGCAAGGAUCACAACCUUCUACAAGGCCACUGGAAGGGCCACGUGGGAGUUGCCUAUUAUGGUGAUUGGGUGACAUAUCCCUACCAUCAUCGGUAUGACAUGAACUGGAUGGUGAUGUGUGGCACCAACAAGGCGAAGCUCGUCUACAGCGGUCUGAAGAACUUCGGCGACUACAACUUCGCCGCGAGCAAAAGCCGACAUGAAACUUUCCCGGACAGCGUCGUGAUCAAUGCCGGCUACAAAGCUGGAGAGGAUUCGGUGUCGGAUUUCGCCGUGAUGGAGGUCAUUACCUGGGAUCGGGCGCUUGCGCAAUCCGAGAUGGAGUCGGCCAUCCGGUACCUGAAGUGGAAGCUUCAGGCGGGCACCUUCCAGGUGUCCGCGGAGAUGGAGACUGACUCGAAGCCCUGGACAUUGGCGUACAAAUGGGUCGGGACGGAAAGCACGGUCACCAGGGACAUCGCCAACGGCUACAAGCUCGAGCUCACCGGCUGGAAAGACAUGCGCAAGGAGGCCCGUGGCUACGUGCGAAACGAGCCCGGAAGCGCUACUGCCGUCGUGCUGAAUCUCGUGCCGAACGCCUUGUAUCGCUUCGAAGUGCACUCGUUCUCAGAAAAAGAAGAGUGGUCCUGCCAUGAAAACCUCAUUGCCGUGAACCACGGCGCCUACGCCCACAUGCGCCAGGACAUCUCACGACAGCCAUCCGCAUCUGGAGUCAUCUACGCUUCUCCCCGCGGCAAGAUCCAGUUUGAGCUGGUUCGCAAAUGCAAUACUCAUGUCCAUUUGACCCACGUCUCCAUCGCAAGGAUCUACGGGGACAACCGGGUCGUCUCCAUGCUCGCCUCGGAAGCAGAAGCCAGCCAACGUUCCGAGUUGGCGGCUUCGUCCUACGCCGUGACAGGCUUCCCCAACCUCCACCUUUACGAGCAGUGCGAUGCGCAGCUCCUCCUGGGCGGUAUGGGGGUGCACAGUUGCUCACACCCCACCUUCCGCUGGCCGCUCUCGCACGCGUGGUCGCACAAGCGCAAGCUUCCGGACACUUUCCAGCAUGGCCAGAGGCUCUUCCUGUCCUGCUGGUCAGAGAGGUUCUCUGGCCUCAACAAGGCCAAGGCUUCCUUUGGGCAGUACCUGCAGUGCGUGGACGGCAAGUGGGAUGGUCCCGCCAAGAGCUUCGAGUGCGAGGAAUGCCUGCAAGUGGCCGGGAAAGGCUACAUGGACUUGGACGACCGUGACAAGCAGGAGCUGUACUUCUUCAAUCGGAUGCAGUUGCACAUCACUUCCGAGCUGGGCAUGAAGGACGUGAAGGACUUGGCCGGGCCGCCUUCGAGGUAUUGCUUGGAGAAGGAUGCCGAGAGCCAUGCCAUGACCCUUCACCCGAAGGAGAGCUGCAACACAGCAUUCUUUGCGGAGAUCAUCCCUUCCUCAGAGUCGCACGAGCGCAUGUUUCAGUACCUUGCGGAUGGCUCGUCUGACAGCCAGUCGAAACCUCAGUGCCUUCAGGCCGACCCCACAAAGGUUUUCAUGCUUGAGGACUGCAACGACACCAAGGUCGCGCAGCAGAUCGAUCCCUUUGAAGUGCCACUGAAGAUGUUCAGCCUUCAUGUGAUGGAGGACCAGCAGAGGACGACGGAUCUCCACGGUGCCUACACGUCGCUCUGCGGUGCACACGGUGCGUUGAACAAUCUUGACUUCUGGCAGCUUUUCGGGGGCAGUUCGAGCAACGCGAGGACAAGCUGCAUUUUCUCCCCGCUCAUCCAGUUCGGCAAGUCGACGGACUCCAAGAUCAGCCGUGACAAGAACAGUGACGUUUGGGAUGACUGGUGGCACAUCUUGGCCGAGAACCCAGUCAAGUGCGAGACUGGCCAGGCCCUGACCGGAGUCAAGCUGGACGUGGUGAAGAAGAGCUACCAGUACGAGUGCAGCUACAUCGGCGGAUUGGGUGCUUGCUUCGAGUACUUCAGUGGCCAGGCGGAGGUGCCCUACUUCAAAGGAGACCGUGGCAGCUGGGAGAAAACGCUCAGCAAGCUCGUCGUCUCCUGCGGCGAGAACUCUGUCAUCUCGUCGUUCCACUUCGAGUUCUCUGAGGGUGGCAGGUGGGCUCGGGUGCGCUACUUCUGCUGCAAGGCUGGCGGCUCCCCCACUGUCAUCGAGCCAGCCGGCUACCGGAAGCCAGCAGGUGACGAUGGCAAGUAUUGCCCGCAGUCCCUCGACGUGUCGGGCCGCCCUGUCUACAAGAGUGCUGACGGCAAACUCCUGCAGUUUGACACUGACAAGGGUAAGUGGUGUAUCGGCGACAAGUGCGGCGAGGUCGAUGACGCCGUGACUCCGUUGCGCCUGGGUGGUCUGCCCUUCGAAGUCGUCAACAUCAGCAACUUCGACGGGGUCUUCGAAGCCCUGGGCGUCCCGAAGCAGCAGCCAAAGAAGAAGAGCAACUUGAAAGCGCUCCUGGGUAUGCUGAAGAAGCCGGAGAAGCCGAAGCUGCCGAAGAUGCCCGAGCUCGAGGAGUUCGAAGCGACGAUGCCCACCUACUCCGCGGAGUGCCUGAACUACAAGGAUCUUUGGAAGAAGAUCACGGAGACCUACAAGAACGCCGAAGACGAGCAAGUCACAGAGGACGCGGCGCUGGAGGCAGACCCCGGCACGGCGGAGAAGACGAUGCAAGAUUACCACCCAUGCGAGGUGGCAAAGAACGUGAACGGGAUCUUCGGACCGCUCGGGAAAGGAGAUGGGACAGAUACUCCCGAGAACAUGCUCUACGACGACGUGGACAAGUGUUUUGCGGGAGAUGCCGAGAGAGAUCUGCUUGCGGCGGAGAAAGAGUAUUCAGGAGUUCACAGGGAGUGGGCACGGACCAUUGGUACGGCGGCGGCUGAAAUGGUUUGCGAUGCCUUGCCAGACGUCGAAAUUGCACCUUUCGGUGCUGGCGUCCAGGUCACGUCCGGAGACCUGUGCCAGGGCACUUUGGACCUGACGAACGACAUCCUGGACUUCGGCUACGACAUGCAUGAUGCCUCCUUCGACAUGAAGCUCGGGCAGGAAGGCUUCGAUGCCUGCAACCCCAUGCAGAUCGGCUUUGCGCGCAUGUUCUGCGACCUGCACUGCACCCGUGAUGCUGUCGUUCGUGGAGAUCGCUCCAUCAUCCGGAACUUGGAGACCGCCACACGGAAGACAAACACCAACAUCAAGAACAUGGCAAAGUGGUCCUUCGAUUCCACCAAGCUCCUCAACGAGUACAUUGCAAGCAAGCAGGAUUACUCGGAUGAGUUGAACACCAUUUACUUCAAGGAGAUACUCUCACACCUCGGCGCGGACAACGCGCUGCUGCAGCGCUCGGCGGACGCCAUGAUGCUGGAGAUCAAGAGCUUGGCCGAGACGGCUGGGGCGCGCUAUGGCAAGGCAGCGUCUCGCAGCACUGCCCAGGAUGCCUUGCAGCAGUUCGUGCAGGGUGCCGACCUUCCUGACGCUCCGAAUGCCUCAGAAGCAACGGCCUUCCUUCAACGGCUGCACGACUUGCAUGCGACUCUCCAUCGGGCAGCCAGCGGCAAUGAGAAGAAGUCCAAUAUCAUUUUGCGACAGCUGGCGGGCGACGUCAGCCGGCUUCAAGGGCAAGUCCAAGGACAGCUCCACAUCUUGGGCGUUUAUCGCUCCCAGAGUCGCUCGGAGACUGUGAGCAAGCAAGGGCAGUUUGCGAGCCAGAUGUCGGGCUUCGAGCGCCAUUCCAUGCUUGUCUCCCUAGACCAGGUCUGGUGGCGCUUGCGCAACAGGAUGGACCAGUACGAGGAUAUUGCCCACGACGAGCUCAUGGCUUUCCAGGCCGCCUUCACUGAUAUGGAGAACUUCGAGGCCUGUACUGUGAGCUUCUCCGACCUCAUCCUGAGCUACACGAACGCCAUGGCGACUCUCAAGGAGAGCCACCGCGAGCUGCGGGCCACCUGGCGGGAGGCCUCAAACCUGUUGGGGGAGCUGGUGUCCAUUGUGGUCGAUGGUGAUGCCUUCGGUACCUUCAGGCGCCUGGAGGGCUGUCAGUCCUCCCUGGCGCUGCAAACGGUGCACCAGGCCCAAGCAGCCGUCAAGGGGCUCUACUUCCUCAAGUAUCGGAUGAAGGCCGCGAGCUUCGAGAAGCCGGAUGAGACUACGAUCCUGGAAGCUGUGCAGCGGCUGAGAGACUCCUACGGCCACGCCAUGCAGGGCUGCAGCGGCAGUCCCUUCACUUCCGUGUGA